GUCAUCCAGUACUUCGCCGUCAUCGCCGCCAUCGGUGACCGCGGCAAGAAGGAGGCGGGGAGCCCGGGCAAGGGCACCCUGGAGGACCAAAUCAUCCAGGCCAACCCCGCCUUGGAGGCCUUCGGCAACGCCAAGACCGUCCGCAACGACAACUCCUCCCGAUUCGGGAAGUUCAUCCGGAUCCAUUUCGGCGCCACCGGGAAGUUGGCGUCGGCCGACAUCGAGACCUACCUCCUGGAGAAGUCCCGCGUCAUCUUCCAGCUGAAGGCUGAGAGGAACUACCACGUCUUCUACCAGAUCCUCUCCAACAAGAAGCCGGAGCUGCUGGACAUGAUGCUGGUGACCAACAACCCCUACGACUAUGCCUUCAUCUCCCAAGGAGAAACCACGGUGCCCUCCAUCGACGACAGGGAGGAGCUCCUGGCCACAGACAGUGCUUUUGAUGUCCUGGGCUUCACCCAAGAGGAGAAGAACUCCAUCUACAAGCUGACGGGCGCCAUCAUGCACUUCGGCAACAUGAAGUUCAAGCAGAAGCAACGGGAGGAGCAGGCAGAGCCGGACGGCACUGAAGAGGCGGACAAGUCAGCUUACCUGAUGGGGCUGAACUCGGCCGAUCUUCUCAAGGGCUUGUGCCACCCCCGGGUGAAGGUGGGCAACGAGUACGUCACCAAGGGGCAGAACGUCCAGCAGGUGAUUUAUGCCGUCGGGGCCUUGGCCAAGGCCGUCUAUGAGAAGAUGUUCAACUGGAUGGUGACCAGGAUCAACAACUCGCUGGAGACCAAGCAGCCACGCCAGUACUUCAUCGGCGUGCUGGACAUCGCCGGCUUUGAGAUCUUCGAUUUCAAUAGCUUCGAGCAGCUCUGCAUCAACUUCACCAACGAGAAGCUGCAGCAGUUCUUCAACCACCCAAUGUUCGUGCUGGAGCAGGCGGAGUACAAGAAGGAGGGGAUCGAGUGGGAGUUCAUCGACUUUGGCAUGGACCUCCAGGCCUGCAUCGACCUCAUCGAGAAGCCCAUGGGGAUCAUGUCCAUCCUGGAAGAGGAGUGCAUGUUCCCCAAGGCCACGGACAUGACCUUCAAGGCCAAGCUCUUCGAUAAUCACUUGGGCAAGUCGGCCAACUUCGGGAAACCACGGAACAUCAAAGGGAAGCCAGAAGCCCACUUCGCCCUCAUCCACUAUGCCGGCACGGUGGACUACAACAUCAUCGGGUGGCUGCAGAAGAACAAGGACCCCCUCAACGAAACGGUGGUGGGGCUCUACCAGAAAUCGGCCCUCAAGCUCUUGGCCAACCUCUUCGCCAAUUACGCCGGGGCUGAUGCACCCGUGGAGAAGGGGAAAGGGUCCAAGAAGAAAGGUUCCUCCUUCCAG